UCUAUUUUUCCAUUAACUUUUUUAUCAUAAUUUUAUCUGACCGUUUUCCUAAUUUUUGACCAUAUUUUAUUGUCUCUGUGUUAAUGUUUUAUGUCUCAUUUUAUGUGAAUAAGUGUCACUCUAAAAAAGAUAACUAAAGAAAACUGAUUGUAAUUAAUUGACAUAAAUUUGAAUAUUCAAUUAAAAAAAAAAAAAAAGCCAAUUAAAUCGUUCUCAAUAUUCAGCCAAAAUGUGAGAGGGCCUCCCCAGAUUUUUUGAUCCAAAACACGCAAAUAUUGACCUGGCACAAGUGAAUGGGCUAAAUGGGAAAACACUUCAAUGUUGCGAGACUCUGCCGUGUUUGAAAAUAAUAAUGAAUUAGUAGAAAAUUUAGAAAGUAUCAUAUACCCUUAUUCAUUUCCCGACUGAUUUCUAAAAUGGGAAAAGAAGCUACCAAGAAGGCUGAGGACGAGUUGGGCCUGGAUUCUACCCUCCUGUGACCCGUCAGCUGUCUUUACCAGUGGACCCAGAAGGAUGGGGUAUGGACACUUCUUUCUCCAUGACAAACGGUGCUGAAGCCAUCAACGUCAAAGUAAAAGGCAUCGUACGUGGCAAAAAAAGCAACCUGAUGGCUCAAGUCAUACCCAUAUACGGCUUCGGGAUUUUUCUUUACAUCUUCUAUAUCAUCUAUAAGUUGACUUGUCGGGGGAAGAAUACUAAAUCAGAAAACUACACUACAGUCACUAAGGAGAACAAGCAGAGCAAGAUAUUAAACGAACAUGAACUUGCCAGGCUUCAGGAGAGGCUCCUACAUACAGAAAGGAUGAUGGAGAGGAUUGUCUCUGCAAAGAGUCGAGGUUCUGGGAGUGGCAGAAGGAGGAAGAGUAAAACUUCAACAUCAAAGAAGGAGGAGAAAUUACUCCGGCAGCUCAGACAGAUCACACAGCUGAUGCAAGAGGGCCGGUUGGAGGCAGCCUCCCCAGAGAUGGAGGCUGAGCAAGUCCCCUACGGAGCAGACUGGGAAGGUUACCCAGUAGAGACCUACCCAGUGUAUGACGACGACGACGAUGACGAUGAACGACAGAGAUUUAACUCUUUUAUCCUGGAGGAGCCCCAAGUGCAGCCCACUGCCGAGGCCCUGGCAGAGAGGAUGGAGCAAGAGGAGGAAGAGGUCAGGGCAAGGAAACUAUCCAUAGUGAGAGAGGUGGAUGAAGAGGACGAGGAAGAAGAGGAUAAAGAAGAAGAAGAAGAAGAAGACGAAGAAGAAGAAGUGGAGGCAGUGGCGGAAGAGAUGCAGGAGGAAGAAGAGGAAGAGGAUGAAGAAGGGGUAGCAGAGAAAAGGCUCCUGCUCAGUCUUCCCUCAUCUGAGCCUGCUGCAGAGAAGAGGCAGGAGAGACUCGGACUGGAGGUGAGCAGCGAGCUGCGGUGUUACAUCGGAGGGAAGAAGCAAAUAAGCUUUAGUGACCAGAGAGAUGUGUUCCACUACCCGAAGGAGGAGUAUUAUGAAGAGGAGGAAGAAGAGAAGGAAGAUGAGGUGGAGGAAGAGGAAGAGGAAGAAGACGAGGGCACAGAGGCAGAAGAGGAAGAGGACGAGGAAGCUGACGACGAUGAUCCAGUGAUGGAGGCAGAGAGCCUGCAGUUCAGCUGUGAGGGUGGUCCCAACCCGGAGGAGGAAGCAGAGCAGGAGAGCGAGGAGUUUCUGUUCAUGUCAGCGGCCGUGGAGGGUGACGGUGGGAUCCAAGCAGACUUGCCGAAAGAAGUGAGCGGGCUGAGGAUGAGGACCAGGAGAGAGACAUAAAGGACUGUUCCAACCAACCUGAAAUUAGCUUUUUGAACAUUUGUUAAAACAAGUUCCUCAACAGCGCAAUUUUACACACAUCAAUAAUGUAGGCUUAGCGAAUAGGUGACAGCACAGAGACAGGGACAAGAAUUACACAUUUUCACAUUCACCCCAGAUUUUCCAUUUGAGUAUGUGCAGUGUACUUACAUUGUGAGGUAUGAUAUAACACAAUACCAU